AUGAGGAAACCCAAGACCCCAUGACCCCACGUAGCUAUUUAUUGCCCUAUCAACAAAAAAGACAGACAGAAAGAAAGAAGAAAGCAAGAAGAACCAAAGCCUUAACUGCACUAUCUAUAUCCUACAUAGGCUUCUAACUGUGAAAAAAAAAAAAAGAUAAACACACACACUUGUUAUUGAAAAUUUUGAGAUUUGAAAGAGUACUUUUUUUAAAUUUUACAGAUAUUAUAAUGGGAAGAGGGAAGGUAGAAUUGAAGAGAAUAGAAAACAAGAUAAACAGGCAAGUGACCUUUGCAAAGAGAAGAAAUGGACUGCUCAAAAAGGCCUAUGAGCUUUCUGUUCUUUGUGAAGCUCAAGUUGCUCUUAUCAUUUUCUCUAACCGUGGCAAGCUCUUUGAAUUCUGCAGCACCUCUAGUAUGUCCGAGAUACUAGAGAGAUACCAUAGAUGCAGUUAUGGUGAUCUUGAAGCUGGCUUGUCUUCAAAGGAUUCACAGAAUAGCUACCAGGAGUAUAUAAAGCUGAAAGCAAGAGUUGAAGUGCUACAACAAUCUCAAAGGCAUAUACUUGGAGAGGACCUGGGACAAUUAAACAAAAAAGAUCUGGCACUGCUUGAGCGUCAGCUGGAUUCAUCUUUGAGGCAAAUAAGGUCAAAAAGGACACAAAACAUGCUUGAUCAACUUACUGACCUUCAACAAAAGGAACAAUCUCUUCUUGAAAUCAACAGAUCCUUAAAGUUAAAGUUGGAAGAAAACUUUAGAUAUAUGCAGUUGAGACACCAACCUGUACAGUCAGGCGGGUUCUUUCAGCCUCUACAGUGCAAUAAUAAUACAGUCCCAAACAGGAACAAUCUGGGCCCAUCGAAUAAUAUAGAACCAUCAGCACAGAAUGCUACUGGAAUUUUACCUGGAUGGAUGCUUUGAAGGGGGGCGGGGGGCUUAUGAAAAAAAACAAGUUCUCUUACCUUUUGCAUGCAAUUAAGGUGAUGCAGUUUGAGACUCGAGAAAACUAUUAAGUUGUAUAAUGUCUCUCAUACAUACAAGUUGAGUUUUCCCAGUUUCAAAGAAUAACUAGUUUUGAAUGUAAUAAGUCAAAAUACAUCUAUUUUAAGUUAAACUCACCUUCCAUCCUAGCUCCUUGUUUAAGUACUUAAGUUCUUACGGAAUUAACGUAAGUAGGUGCCCCUUAUUUGGCCAUGGUGGUUUGAACCAUCCAAAUGGUGGAAAGACAUCUUUUUUAUUACUAUUUUGAUUCAAGGAGUAUCCAUGUGAAACCAC